GAGCCUUUUGAGUGCUAACAGUGCAUGUUAGUUUGCGCAGAAGAAGAUGAACUGGUGGGAAAUUUGACGCGAGUGUUUUUCUAUUAACCGAAAGAGCCCAAUAAACAAACAGCAAUCCUAUAUUUACUAAUAUUUACUGGAGAUGGACCGGUAUGUUUUAGUUAUAUCUUUUUGCCGAACUGAUGACGAGUCGCCGGAUGGUUUUAAAUGUUUGGAGCCACUAAAGCAGAUAUAUGGCAGACUCGUGGACAUCUCCACUCAGGAGUCAGAGAAGGUUUCUGUGUUUCCAGCUUGUUCUCUCAGUGGCAGCCCGUCAGCUCGGAGGUGGUACUUUGCUGUUCAGGCUUGUCACGGAGGUGCACAGUUUUGCACCUCUAAAUGGGAAGAGUUGAGCCUUCACAGAUGUGACGGUGAGGAGGAGAAACCCACUUCUUUGGAAGCUUGUUUGGGUUCUCUGAAGAACCAGGAGGCACUGGACCAAAAGGCUGAUGAGCUGACACUGACAGAGCUGAUGGAGGAGGCUGCAGAGGGACUGCAUGUGCUGUCAGACAAGCUUCCACCUCCAGGUAAAGCCUUGCUGGAUGUUCUGGUGCUGGGCUCUGCUGAGCAGUCCCCUCCUGUUAAAGACCUCCUGCCUCUGCUGGGAGCCGUCAAACACAUGUCCUCCUGGCAUGCUGCAAAGAUCAGUGUCAUCACACAGCACACACCUGGAUGGCAGAAAAUGGCGUCCUCCAUCAGCGCCGCUUUGGUCAAGCUGGCUGACUUGGACAGCUGUAUUGACUCCAAAGAAAUGUGGAGGGGAAGCCUGCUUGUCAGAGAGAAGAAGUGUGUGUCAGAACUCCGCUUUGAUGGUUUUUCUCUGCAUCAGAUAUCAGAGUCUGGUCUUUUGGAAGCUCCACACAUGACCACUGACCACAAACUGCAGCCUGAGGUCUUUCAUUACUAUGCGCCAGUUUUAGAUUUGGUUCAGCUGGUUAAUCUGUCAGACCUGCCAAGCUUCCUGAUCUCCAGCGCCCAGUUUGAACUAUGCCUGUCUGGGAUGUCUGUGAAAGCUAAACUUUUGUUGAACCAGCUGCGAUCACUGUGUGGAAAGGUCGGAGCUUUGUUCAGUCUGUCCUGUGUAAUCACUCCCAUUGCACAGCCUGCAGCCAGCCAACUCAGCUCCCAGCGCUGGAGAGAAUCUCUAUCUAGGAGACCAAAGUCUUUACCAGGAGCUGCUGCAGGCAACAUCCUCCACUCUCUGCCAUGUCUGCAAGGAGACUACAUGCUGAGGAGAGAGAGAAGAGUGAGCCAGGUUCAGAAACUGGCACUUCAAGAAUAUCUUAAAAAGAAAGGAGCAGCAUCGAUACCUGUCAGUGACUUGAAGGUCAUUCUGAAUCUGGCCAGGGAGAAUUAUCUGAAGAAGGCUGACUCCACUCUGCCCACUGCUGCUGCCUGUCUGACAGACAAUCAGCCCUCAAAAAGCUCAGGUUUUCAGAUGAUUUCUCAGCUGCCGUCUGACUGGCCUGAGAGAAGUGUCCUGCACAAUGUGGAAAACUUGCAGAAGAGACGCCAGAAGAGAAGAUUUGGUCUGUUAGGUCCAGGCUCUAGUGACAGUCUGCUGGGUCCUAAAGAUGGCCAGAGAGGCUCUUCUACUUUACUUGAUGCCAAAGAACUUCUGAAACACUUCACGUCUGAUGGUCUGCCUGCGGGGGAGCUACAGCCGCUGGCCAUUAACAGAGGUAACAAUGCCUUCCAGUUGUCACAAGACCUUUCUCCCAGGAGAGUCAGCAAACUGCCUUUCAGCAAAGCCUCAGCCUCCCAUUAUCACGGCAUAGAGUUCUGUCUGGAUAACCAGCGGUCUUUAGAUCGAGACCAGGCCUUUGUACGGCUCCAAUCUCGUCUGAUUCGGUAUGAGACCCAAACCACCUGCUCCAAGGAACCGUGCGCCCUCCCCUUUGCCCUCAGCCCCGCUCCCUCACCAGCUGUGAUGUCAGAACCAGGAAGCGUGCCUGAUGGCGAGACUCUGCAGAACAAUGAUGUAGCACGACUCAAGCGCAAGUCCUGGGAAGCAGACAUUGUUGGAGGCUAUCCUCACAAGAGGCUGGCAAAGUCCGAGAGCAGUGACUCCAUCUGUUCUCAGAGUAGCAGCAGCAGCGGGACACAUCCUGCCAUUAGGUCUCUACGACGACAACCAAGCAGGUCGCAGUCCACCUCCUCUGUAAACAGUUCCUCCUCUUCAGCCACAAGACCGACAUCAGGCUUGGCGACUCUCGCUUGUGUUGACAGACCUAAAUGUCAACAGCAGAAGACGCAUCAAGGACACAGCGAGGACAAACUUGCCAAAGAGUCACGCUCCCAGAAACAUAACAGGAUGUUGCAGGAGGUAGUAGCUAAAACACUCAAACACCAUGGGAUCACUGCUGAGCAUGAUUGCUUUGAGGCUUGCAGCAAAAGACUGUUUGAUAUCUCGAAAUUUUAUCUCAAGGAUCUGAGGACAUCUCGGGGUCUGCAUGAUGAGAUGAGGAAGGCAGCAAGCAGCAAUGUUAAGCAGGUCAUUGAUUGGGUAUUGGAGAAGACCUCAAAACAAUAAAGAUGAUAACAAAUCAGGAUCCCCUAUAGCAGCCUGUCGUUUUAAGCUUUUGUUUGUGCCUGGUUUUGUGCUCAUCCACCCUCAUAUACUCCUGCUGCUCCAGAGCCAAGAACAGAAAAACACUCAUAUCUACAUACACUCUGCUCCUCCUGCUGAGAAGCCCCAAGGGCUUUGGAUGCUGGCUUCAGGAUGAAGAUGUCUUUUCUCUGUAGCAGUUUUCUAACCCCCACUACUUAUUUUAUUCUAAAUUACUG